AUGUCUUUCUCGUGCCCCCCUCAGGUGUACAUCACCUGCUCGGUCAUCCUGUGUGACCCUGAGAGCCCCUUCUCCAGGUGUGCCCAGGGCUGCCUGAAAGACCCGUCCUGCAGACGCAGACGGGAGCUGAGCCUGGAAACCGGCGGGCACUCCAUUACCCAGGGUCCCCUGCAGUUUGUGGGGCUGGAUGCUCCCAGAGUAGCCCAGGAGGAGCAGCAGGAGGAGCAGAGGGUUGCUGUGGGGCAGAAGGAGGAAGAGGAGGAGGAGAGGGUCCCUCCCAAUGCAGGACUCUUCAGAAUGGCGUCUUCCAUCCACCUGCUGUUGCUGCUGCUGCUCGUGGCCUCAUCCGAAGCUCAAUCCUACAAGCAUGUGGCGGCUUCACUGGCCUUCAGACCCAAAGGAAAAAGCCCCGACGGGAAAUACCAGGUGGAGCUUCGCUACAGGCCAACCGGUGUGGACUACCAUCAGAACUCCUUUGUUUGCUUGUGGACUAACUGUGGCUCAAACCUGGUGAAAUACAGCCGCACGGUGGCUCAUGACUCCUAUAAUCUCACCUGGCACAGCUACGAGGUGCUUGCAGUCCUGCAGCUCAGCUCGGACUUUCUCUUCGAGAUGAGAUUACCUGAUUACUACAAUUAUCACUAUGGCGCGGGUUACUGGGUGCCCAGACCCGAAGGCACUUCAAAAUGGGUAAUGAGAACAUCUUUGGACCUGGGAACCCGAUCUGACACUGGAGAAUCAAACCGCCCACCCAUCACUUCCACUGUGCCAAUAAUCAGGUUAUUUAUUUUAUUAAACUUUGGCUCUUUCAUCCCCCCAUGUGCAGAGACAAAACUGCGCACAGGAAUCUGA